AUGAUAACCCAGAACAAAAAGAAGUUUCUGAUACUUCUGUCUCUAGCAAUUUUUCUUUCAGCCUUACUCCUCACACUGGUUUAUUACAUUUUCAGCCUGAUUGCCUCUUUGCUUUCAUGGCCAAUUUCAUUACUACUCUUUAUCUUAUUACUUUACUACUUGCUCCAUCUCGCAAUACGGCUUUCAGUAUUUCCAGGCUCUACAUGGUUUUGGAGACGCUCAAUAGAAACUCAUUUUUGCGCAGAAGUCUCAAUGCAGCUUCUUCAGCGUAUUCAGGAUUUUCAUAUAGCGCUCGAAAUAUUAUUAGAAGAGUGCAAUGAGAUAGACAAAAGAGAUUUUCUACCAAACUCAAUAGAAACUGCUAGCUAUGCAAAAAUGAUGUUGUCUACGGUUAUUUAUGGCUUUAACUUGCAAAAAGAGAACCAAACAUUAAAUCAGAAACAAGGGGUUUUGCUCAAUUUAUUGACCAAUUUGCAACUAGCAUUGCAGGAAAUCAAGAUUAUUGUUGGAAAUAAAGAUGAAUGCUCACUUUGGGAUUGAAUUGAUAGAAUUGAGAGUGAAUCUGAUUGACUUGGAGUUGUUUUUGAUGAUUUUCCUACAAAUGCUUCAGCUAAGUCUGCUUUGGAAGUUUGCAUAAGCAUAGAGAACUUCCUUCAAACUAUAUGCCAAAAUACAAAUAUUAUUAAAAAAGCUAAGGCGUUUUUAUGAGAAUAUACUUUUGGGACUAUUGAUCAAAUGAGACUAGAACUGGAAGCUCGAUACCAUUCUCAACAAAUAUGAGUUACUGCUGAUGACGGGAUAAAUAUAGAUUGCCUAUGAGUUUCCUCGACAGCUGAUUUAUCAAAUGCCCCAACAAUGCUUAUGUGCAGCCCUAAUGCUGGACUCUAUGAGUUUUCGUAUUAUCAAAGUGAGUGGGUUGAGUUUUACAUAAAUUCUGGAAUUAACGUAUUUUUAUGGAAUUAUAGAGGCUAUGGAAGAACAAAAGGCAGACCUAAUCCUGAUAGACUCAAAAAGGACGGGGAGAUUAUCUUAGAUUAUUUAAAACGAAUAAGAAAAGUUCAAAAAAUUGGCAUUCAUGGAGAAAGUUUUGGAGGGUGUAUUGCAGCUCAUUUAGCCAAUAAAGCAACUGUAGACUUUGUUUUUCUUGAUCGAUGCUUUUCCUCAUUAAAUGACAUGGCAUUACAUAGCUUUGGAAAAGUCGCAAGCUUUAUUUAUAAAUAUAUAGGAAGAUGAAGAGUUGAUGUAAGUUUGGAUUUUUUAAGCAGUGAAUGCUAUAAAGUUUUAUCAGUUGAUUAUCAAGAUGCAACUAUACGGGAUCUUGCAUCAUUGAAAACAGGAAUCGCUAUAGAAUUUAUUAAAGGCUCUCUGCAAAACUACCAAACCCCGCUUGAUAUAUAGGGAAUUGCUAUAAAUUGCCUUGUGAGGGUAAGCAAUUGGAGAGUGACAAAAGAGCCUCUUACCAGUUGGUUUUACCAACUUGACUUAAGCCAUCAAUUUGAGAAUUGCUUACCUUAUAGGGCAAUUCAUAGGAAUUUUCAAUAACCACUUAUGAUUCGAUUUUGAGCCAAGAUGAUAGGCAAGAGUUGCUCUCACAUAUUGAAAUAUUUGCAGAUUUGGCAUUAAAAUACCUUAAAAAUGAUCCGAAUACACAAAAUUCUUUGAAUAUGACAACAAAUAGUAUUUAUCAUUUAAUGGUAAAAGAGUCAGAUUUCAUUGAAGAUGAUGUUGUUUCUUAUGUCUUAGAAAAGCUCUUUGCAGUUUUAGAAGUUCUAGAUGCAGGUGGAAAACCAAUCACCAGUAUUACUUUUGAUAAAAGCAAAGACAUUUCCUUGAGCUUGUGGCUAAUUGUAUUUGAAAUAUGGGGAAGCUUUUUACCUUUAAUUCCUGAAAUAAAUGGUCACAGAGCUAGGACUAUCCAGAAAAUAAAAAACACUGUUGAUGAGCUGGAAACCAUUUAUGUGGAAUAUGAAAUUAUAUCAAAUCCUAUAAUAGUAUUAUGCGCUGGCAUAAUUUUGUGAGGGUCUCCAUACAUCGGAAUAUUUUCCCAUAUUUGUAACUUUAAUCCUACAUGUGGAGUUUCCACACUUUUGAAUGGCUUUAAUUGUCAGAUUUGGGUUCCACAUAUGGGAAAUGUCCCGAUGUAUGGAAACCCUCUCAAAAUUAUGCCAACGCUUAAUAACAAUUUGCACAAAAAUUAAAACACUGGAAAAACUGCUAUAUAAAAUUCUUGAUUAUUUAGAGUCAAAUCAUCCAAGCCACACAAAAAAUUUAAGCCAAAUCUCAACUGAUGUUCUUAUUACAACAACUGCGACAGCAAGAAGUUUUUAUGAUUAUUCUAAAGCUGGAUAUUUAAUUCCAUUAGCAUGCGGGCAUUCUGGGCAUUAUGGAGAUACGGAAAAAUUAUUGCUGGAAGAGCAUCUGAGUAGAGUAGGAUUUUUAGUAUAA